GCUACUCGUAGCGGAAUUUUCAAGUGGUAGCGGCGGAAUUGAAUUUUUUGUUAAAAGUAGCGGAAUUUUGCAAUUUAGGUACACAUGAUGGAUAUUUUUACCAGAAAAAAAAAAUGAGUGCAGUUAGUAACCAAAUCUAAACACAGGUAUCUUUACAAAUGACAGUGGUAACCACCGGUCGGUAAUUCUUAUUCAACGAAGACGCCUAUAGAUGAUAGUAGGUGUUUGGAUUGUGUUCAUACGAAAAUCAGAUUUUUCAAGAAUAAAGUUCUGAUAAUACGCAAGCACAAUGUCGAGUACAUCCCAGAAACACAGGAACUUUGUAGCUGAGCCAAUGGGCGAGAAACCUGUUACAGAUUUGGCGGGGAUCGGAGGAGUUCUAGGUGAACGUUUAAUAGCUGCUGGAUUUGAUAAAGCAUAUGUGGUCCUUGGACAAUUCUUGGUUUUAAAGAAGAACCAAGAGCUUUUCAAAGAAUGGAUGAAGGACACCUGUUCUGCCAAUUCGAAACAAUCAAUGGAUUGCUGGCAGUGUUUAAAUGACUGGUGUGAAGAGUUUUUGUAAAUGUUUAAAGUUAUUGUAUUAAGACUAAAACUUUCAUUUUUCAUUACAGCAAUUUUUAUUUAUAAUAUAAAAAUGUAAAUGUCCUCUAUAUUUUUAAAUGUAUAUACUUUAAUAAAUUGGACAUGUCACAGUAGAAAGUGUAUUUUUAACAAUUCGAUAUCACCUUGCAGGUAAAAGUCAAAAUUCAGUUAACCAAUUUAUAAUAUAACCAAAUAUGCACUUGGAAAUUUUGCAGUUACAUGAUUACGGCAUUAACUUGCAAAGCAAGUUUGUUCAGAUUAAAAAAUAAGGCAGUUUGAUUACCUUUUGCAGUGUUUAUGAG